GAGAGAGAGAGAGGAAGGGCUACUGUGCUACAGAUUGUGCUGUCAGUUCCCUAGCACCUGGACACUGGCAGACCACAGCUGGAGGUUUUUCUUCCUGCUGAAGAACUAAUGAACACUGUGUGUGUGAAUUCCAUUUGAAAGGAAGCAAACGACUCACCUGGGGAUUCCAGAGGACCCACCCCCCACCCCUGCUCCCUCACUCCACCAGCUCCCUUUGGAGAUCAAAAUAAAUGCAAGGUGAGGGAAGAAUCCUAUCACAAUAACUUCAAAAGCCAAAUUUUUCCUUUCUUAUUUUUACUUACAUCAGCAAAGGAAGAAGGAGAAUUUUUUGAAAGGUUGGUGUGUUCGAGCUGUUCCUUUUUACUUAAAAAAAUAUUCAGGCAACAAGAACGACAAUUUCCACGUGAAACAGCAGGGAGGCUGUAAUCACCGCUGGCCAGUGAUCCGCCGCUGCCAAGCCAACGCCAGCACAGAGCCCAGCCAACAGGGACCCACACCUGCUCCCCCGGUGUGUGAAGCCGCCAAAACCCCCAGACGAGAGCAAGAGAGGGCGAGUGGUGGCCAUGCAUUGCGCCAUGCCACCUUGCGGCCUAUGGGUGGUGAGCGUCCUCACUCUAGUGGCACUUUGCCUGACAGAAGAGGCCAUCCGCUGUCCCAUCUGCUCGGAGGAGAGGCUGGCUCGCUGCAAGCAGCCCCUGGGCUGUGAGGAGACAGUAAGGGAACCUGGCUGUGGCUGCUGCCCCACCUGUGCUCUGGCCAAAGGCAUGUACUGCGGCGUGUACUCGCCUCGCUGCGGCUCGGGCCUUCGCUGCUACCCUCCACGCGGUGUGGACAAGCCCCUGCACUCCCUCAUGCACGGCCAGGGGGUCUGCACUGACGAACGGGAGGUGGAGGAACAGACAGCAAUGGAGAGGCAGGAUGAGAUCAUCCCUGAACACCCCAACAACAGUAACAUCCGCUGCAGUCCCCAGGACAAGCGCUGCAUCCAGAAGACCCUGGCUCGUCACCCAGGGAAAUCAACCAACCAGAGAAACAACAACCCUCGAGAGGACCCCAAGGCAGCCCUGGCACCAUGCCGUGCUGAACUUCAGAGGGCACUGGAAAGAUUGGCGUCUAACACCCGCACACAUGAGGAUCUCUACACCAUCCCUAUCCCCAACUGUGACAAGAAUGGGGACUUCCAUGCCAAGCAGUGCCACCCUGCCCGUGAUGGCCAGCGAGGCAAGUGCUGGUGUGUUGAUCAGAAGACAGGCAUGAGAUUGCCAGGUCCUUUGGAGUUACGGGGGGAGCUUGACUGCCAUCAACUGCUUGCUGAGCCACUGAGAGAGUGAGGGGUGCCUAAAAAUUCUGCAAAAUUCUACUGGUGCUGUUUUGUACAAUAAAGGAAAGGACUAGACCAUACAACCUCACUGAAACUGUGGAGAGUGGUACUCGGGUGUUCAAAAGUAAGCAGUGGUAGAAUUUCCUUCUUUUACAAUACAUUCAUUUU